CCCGAGAAGAGCUCCCCUCCGAGCACUGCUGAAAAUGGCUUGGAGCCUCAUGAGGAGCCUCUUCUCAGAAAAAAUCCCCGCCGAUUCGUCAUCUUCCCAAUCCAGUACCCAGACAUAUGGAAAAUGUAUAAACAGGCUCAGGCUUCCUUUUGGACCGCAGAAGAGGUUGAUUUGUCAAAGGACCUUCCUCAUUGGAACAAGCUGAAAGCAGAUGAAAAAUACUUUAUCUCUCAUGUUCUGGCUUUUUUUGCAGCCAGCGAUGGAAUUGUAAAUGAAAACUUGGUGGCGCGUUUUAGUCAGGAGGUGCAGGUCCCAGAAGCUCGUUGUUUCUAUGGCUUUCAGAUUCUCAUUGAGAAUGUUCACUCGGAGAUGUACAGCUUGCUCAUAGACACCUACAUCAAAGAUCCUGAGAAAAGGGAUUUCUUAUUUAAUGCUAUUGAAACAAUGCCUUGUGUCAAGAAGAAAGCAGACUGGGCUCUGAAGUGGAUUGAAGACAGAGAAUCCACUUUUGGUGAGAGAGUGGUUGCCUUUGCUGCAGUUGAAGGCAUCUUCUUUUCGGGUUCCUUUGCUGCUAUAUUUUGGCUGAAGAAGAGAGGCCUGAUGCCUGGACUGACUUUCUCCAAUGAACUUAUUAGCAGAGAUGAGGGUCUACACUGUGAUUUUGCUUGUCUGAUGUUCCAUUAUUUAGUGAACAGACCAUCAGAAGAGCGAGUCCGUGAGAUCAUCAUUAAUGCUGUUGAAAUUGAGCAGGAGUUUCUAACAGAGGCAUUACCUGUAGGUCUGAUUGGAAUGAAUUGCACUUUGAUGAAACAAUAUAUUGAAUUUGUCGCAGACCGGUUACUAAUGGAGCUUGGGUUCUCAAAGGUCUUUCAUGCAGAAAAUCCUUUUGAUUUCAUGGAGAAUAUUUCUCUAGAAGGAAAAACAAAUUUCUUUGAGAAGCGGGUUUCAGAAUAUCAACGUUUUGCUGUUAUGGCAGAAACAAUGGACAAUGUCUUCACUCUGGAUGCAGAUUUUUGAUAAGUUGGCAAACAAACGGUGACUGGUUCCCUCUCCCCAUCUCACUUUCUGCUGUGAAGUUGUCUUCAUUUCCUCUCCUGGAACUGGAGUCUACUGGAUUUUUUUUCCUGGGUUUUCAUGUUGUUUGAGGAGUAAAAAUAUU